AUGCUCUCAACAGAGCCAGACUCCACCAUAGCGAGGAGCAACGAUGAUGAAACGCCCCUCCAGAUCAUCUCCAAGGACCUGCCAUUCCCUCCCCUCACCAGGUCGCAUGUCCUCCAUUGUUCCUAUCACUUCUGGCAUCCGAAAUAUCGUGCCGUAACACCCAAAGCCCGCCUCAUUCCCCUGACUGAUGCAUUCAUCGACUAUCUACGCACAGAUGGCAUAAUGUUGCCUCCACAAGAUGACAGAUCUGUCAUCACUGAUGAUGAUAGCGGCGUCUACUCCGUAUCCGACGGAUCUGAUUCUGACGAUGAAGAGGUGGACCCCGCUGCAGAAUGGCAAGAGAUACAUGCUCAGAUCAAAGCGACAAUUGCAGAAUUAGAUGGGAAAGUAGCUCCAAAGUUAAAUUGGAGUGCUCCCAAAGAUGCAACCUGGAUCUCUGCGACAAACGACAUGCAAUGCAGAACUCCAAAUGAUAUAUACCUGCUAUUAAAGAGCAGCGACUUCAUAACUCAUGAUCUCGAACACGCAUUUGAUGGAUGUGUAUCAGAAGAGGAGCAACAAAAGCAACAAGAAAAGACGGAAAUCACCACCCAACCCGGUGCCCAGGACUCCCCACCCCGAAUCCCCUACCACCUCGUCCUACGCAAAUACGUAACACUCAACCCCGCCCUCGAAUUCCGCUGCUUCGUCCGAGACAGAAAACUCCUCUGCCUCUGCCAGCGCGAUCUAAACCACUUUGACUUCCUCUUCGGCCUUCGCGACAACCUGCGCGACAAAAUCCAGACUUUCUUUGACAUAAGGCUGCACGACACGUUUCCAGACAGGGAUUUUGUCUUUGAUGUCUACGUUCCCCCGCCGCAUAAUCGUGUGUGGCUCAUGGAUAUUAACCCCUGGGCACCACGAACGGAUCCACUGCUAUUCUCGUGGCUGGAGAUUUUGCAGAUGAAGGGGCCUGGUUGUGAGGCAGAGGAUAAGGAAGGGGUUCCGGAGGAAGAAGUGGUGCGAUUAGCCUUAAGACAAAGGGAUUCAAGGAAUGAGGAGGGGAAAGGAAAUGGUCGGAGUAAAUUGGAAUCUGGAAAUAAAGAGGAAGAGGAGGAAAAAGAAGCUAAUGGAGAAGGUGAUGAAGUUGAUGGGGAAGAGGACGAGGAUGAUAUAGACGACACCACCUCCCUCCCCUUCGUUCCCGAAUUCCGCCUAGUGGAACGUGACGACCCAGAAGCGUAUGGUUUCAUGACACCGCGGUAUUCGGCGCAUAAGUUACCCAGGGAAGUCGUGGAUGCAUCGAGAAGUGGGCCCGGUGGCAUGGGGGAGUUCCUGGGCCAAUGGCAGGAUAUCCUUGCGAAGAAGAUACGGGAGGAUGAUGCAGCGGCGGCUGCAGAGGGUGCUUGA